UUCUUGGGGCAUCUCAGAAGAAGCAUCCCGUUUCAGCAGAGCUUGACACUGUCAUAUCAUCUCCUAAUACAUUAAGCUUGGCCAUUGUUGAACCUCCUGAAUUAGACACCUCAACUCCGUCAGCAGUUUCUUUGCAGAACCUGCAUCUCACGAAGACAGUCACAGCAGACAGGAAAGUUUGAUUACCGCCACUAAUGCUGAUAGUACACAUCAUCACUCCGUGGAGCAAGAACACAUAAAUUUUCCGAGAGAUGGCCAGCAAUUGCUGUCCAACGGGCCUUCUUCUGAAUCUUAUGCUGCCCAAAAUACCGAGGGGGUGCAAAUUGCUCCGGACUUCUCCCUAAGAAGGAACAGGGCUUCUCCGUCAACGAUGGAAGAGGGUGAUCGGAGAGCGAAGAAGUCAAGGGCGGAGCAACCCAGUGACCAAGUAGAGCCAGCUGGAGGAGGUGCCAUUGUGGACACGAGUUUACUCAACUGCCCCCUCUGCUCCCGUCCCUUCAAACCUCCUGUCUUCCAGUGCAAAGGUGGGCACUUGGCUUGCGGCAGCUGCAUCGCCGAGCUCCCUAGCAUCCAGUGCCAGAAGUGCGAGCAUGGCGGUGCCUUUGACAUCCACAACAUCAUGAUGGACACCAUUGUCUUGUCUGCCAAGGUCAAGUGCUCGCGUGCCGGCUGUCAGAGCUAUGUCAUCUACCAUGAGCUUCAUGACCACGAGAGUACAUGCCCUUGUGCUCCCUGUUUCUGCACCGAGCCUGGCUGCAGCUUUGUCGGACUUCCGCUGGCGCUCCUCAGCCACCUCACAACUCAGCACUCCUGGCCCAUCUACAACAUCGAGUACGGCAAGGAACUCCGGCUUCAGGUGCCGGUGUUGGAGCCACGGCAUCUGCUCCUUGGGGAGGAGGACGAUUGUGUGUUCCUCUUGGUUGUGGGAGCUGCCGGCCAGAGCACGGCCACCUCCGUGUCCGCGGUGCGCCUAGGAGCAUGCCCGGCCCUGCAGCCACGAUACAUGCUCAAUAUUUUGGCAUACUUGCCACCGGCGGUGGCGAGCCGCAGGACGCACAUGCUCCUGCUGGACAUGGAUGUGGAGAGCAGCACUAGACCUGGCGAGGUCACUGUGGAGGAGCUGCCAUCUUACUUGACGGUGCCGCCAACAUAUCUGGUUGGGGCUGGGGCGUCCAAAGAGGUGUCUCUCAACAUUCGGAUCGAUAAGAUUAUAUCCUGACCUCAUAAUGAUGAUUCUAUUGUGCCUUCUUAAUUGAGGUAGAAAUAGUUGGGACUGGAGUAGCAUGUCGUUGCUAAGAAAUGAGUAUUUGUUUCAGGUAGUACUUCAAAGUCGAUCAGGAAUAUGGUUAUUUUGUUGCAGCUAGUUCUUCAUACUUGGUCAGGAAUUUGGUUAUUUUGUUGCAGCUAGUACUUGAAAUAGCACAUGGUCCAUCGGGAAUUUUUAUUGUUAAAACUUUGUCAUUUCUAUAUAGCCAUAGCGACCAAAUC